GUGUGAGCUGCAGGAACCAGGAGGAGAAGCUGCUCCAGGACCUUAUGACCAACUACAACCGGCACCUGCGUCCAGCCCUGAGCGGGGACCAGGUCAUCGAUGUCACCCUCAAGCUCACCCUCACCAAUCUCAUCUCCCUGAACGAGCGGGAGGAGACCCUCACCACCAACGUCUGGAUCGAGAUGCAAUGGUCCGACUAUCGCCUGCGGUGGGACCCUGAGAAAUAUGACGACAUCCAGACACUGCGGGUGCCCUCCACCAUGGUAUGGCUGCCCGACGUCGUCCUGGAGAACAACAUCGAUGGGACAUUUGAAAUCACUCUCUACACCAACGUGGUAGUGUACGCCGACGGCAGCAUCUACUGGCUGCCCCCAAAAACCCCGGCCUUCUACCGCAGCGUCUGCGUCAUCCACGUCACCUACUUCCCCUUCGACUGGCAGAACUGCACCAUGGUCUUCCAGUCCCAGACGUACAGCGCCAAUGAAAUCAACCUGCUGCUGACGGUGGAGGAAGGGCAGACCGUGGAGUGGAUCUUCAUCGACCCCGAGGCUUUCACAGAGAACGGCGAAUGGGCCAUCAAGCACCGCCCCGCGCGGAAGAUCAUCAAUUCGGAGCAGUUCACACCAGAUGACAUCCAGUACCAGCAGGUCAUCUUCUACCUCAUCAUCCAGCGCAAGCCGCUCUUCUACAUCAUCAACAUCAUCGUGCCCUGCGUCCUCAUCUCUGCCAUGGCCGUGCUGGUCUACUUCCUGCCCGCCAAAGCUGGUGGGCAGAAAUGCACUGUGUCCAUCAACGUUCUCCUGGCCCAGACCGUCUUCCUCUUCUUGAUUGCCCAGAAGGUGCCUGAGACCUCCCAGGCUGUGCCUCUCAUCGGGAAGUACCUGACCUUCCUCAUGGUGGUGACAGUGGUGAUCGUGGUGAACGCUGUCAUUGUCCUCAACGUCUCCCUGAGAACGCCCAACACUCACUCCAUGUCCCAGAGAGUGCGCCAGGUGUGCUUGCACCUCCUGCCCCGUUACCUGGGCAUGCACAUGCCAGAGGAGAUGCCAGGGCCACCGCAAGGCGCCCGGAGACGCAGCUCACUGGGUCUCAUGGUGAAAGCUGAUGAGUACAUGCUCUGGAAAGCCCGGACCGAGCUGCUCUUCGAGAGGCAGAAGGAGAGGGAUGGGUUGAUGAAAACCGUGCUGGACAAGAUUGGUGAUGGUGGCACCCAGGACUUCUGCCAGAGCCUGGCGGAGGCAGGCCCCGAGAUCCGCGCCUGCGUGGACGCCUGCAACUACAUCGCCAACGCCACACGGGAGCAGAACGACUUCAGCAGCGAGAGCGAAGAGUGGAUCCUAGUGGGACAGGUGAUCGACCGCGUCUGCUUCUUCAUCAUGGCCUCCGUCUUCGUGUGUGGCACCGUUGGCAUCUUCCUCAUGGCUCACUUCAACCAGGCGCCCGCCCUGCCCUUCCCCGGGGACCCCAAGCCGUACGUGCCACAGUGA